UUUGUCAAUGUCCACCACGUGUUAAUUUGAGGUUAGUUCUGUACGUCCAGUCCAUAAAUUUAAAAUUGUGUUUUAAAAAAAUGUCCGAGAUGGAGGUAGAAGAGAAAGAAGAACGAAAGCGUAUAUUAUGCCGUUUCAAAUCAGAAGCCGGAGAAGAACUAGGCGAAAUGAUGGACCUACCCCUUGAAUGUGGACUGGAAGAAUUAACCUUAAUUUGUAACGCAAUUUUACAAAACGAAGAGCGAACGCCCUUCCUUUUCUUCAUCAAUGAUGUGGAAAUUACACAAGAUUUAAAGUCGACAGUAGAUCUUUCGACAAUAAACACCGAAAAUGUCGUCGACAUCGUCUAUCAGCAACAAGCAAUAUUUCGUGUUAGGCCGGUUACGAGAUGUACAAGCUCGAUGCCGGGUCAUGCUGAGGCAGUUAUUUCGGUUAGUUUUAGUCCGGAUGGUAAACAUUUAGCGAGCGGGUCAGGGGAUACGACGGUACGUUUUUGGGAUUUGCAUACACAAAAUCCUUAUUAUUCAUGUCAUGGCCAUAGAAACUGGGUUUUGUGCAUAUCGUGGUCACCUAACAGCAAAAAGUUAGCAUCUGCGUGUAAAAAUGGGCAAAUCAUUAUUUGGGAUCCUGAUACUGGGACGCAGUUGGGGAAGACAAUGAUCGGACAUAAACAGUGGGUUACUUCACUCUCUUGGGAACCUUACCACAAAAAUCCAGAGUGCAGAUUGCUCGCAAGUUCGUCAAAGGACGGCGAUGUUCGAAUUUGGGACACCAAUCUAUGUCAAACUGUGAGAAUUUUAUCUGGACAUACAAAAAGCGUUACAGUGGUAAAGUGGGGCGGUUCUGGUUUGUUGUACACAGCAUCUCAAGAUAGGACGGUCCGUGUUUGGAGGACUAGUGAUGGCGUUCUCUGUCGAGUUUUGGAGGGACAUGCUCACUGGGUUAAUACAUUAGCCCUGAGUUCCGAUUACAUAUUAAAAAUAGGACCAUUUGAUCCAGCCAAUUUCACCAAAGGUGCUACAGUUAACUCUCAACAGUUCGCAGAAGAGCGAUAUAAUAACGUUAUAAAAGCAUACGGGGAAAGAUUAGUGUCGGGUUCUGACGAUUUCACCUUAUUUUUAUGGGAUCCCGAACAUGAUAAAAAACCUCGCGCUCGUUUAACCGGUCACCAGCAGUUGGUGAAUGACGUAAAAUUCUCACCUGACGGCAGAAUAUUGGCCUCUGCAUCUUUUGACAAAUCGAUUAAGUUGUGGGAUGGUAAAAGUGGUCAGUUUAUUUGUACAUUACGAGGUCAUGUGCAGGCAGUUUAUAUGAUCGCGUUUUCUGUGGAUUCAAGGUUAAUGGUUAGUGGAAGUGCAGAUUCUACUCUAAAAUUGUGGAACUUGAGGACUAAAAAAUUGGAAUUUGAUUUGCCAGGUCAUGGAGACGAAGUUUAUGCUGUUGAUUGGUCGACUAAUGGUGCAAUGGUUGCAUCUGGUGGAAAAGAUAAAGUUCUAAAAUUGUGGCAAAAUUAAUGUUGUAAUUAUGUAUUUAUACAAUAAUAAAACUUACACAUUCUU